UCGUCGGCAUUUCAACAUCAACACUCAUACAAUCGAUCUCAUAUCCUCGUAUCUCUGCGCCACCGUCUGCGACCUUCAUUGCUCAAACCGCGGGUAAGCAUGACGCGGGUCAGCAUGCCAGCCAUCAUGGCUGUUGCCGCCGGAGCCUUCGUCAUUUUUGUAGCCAGCUUAAUGGCUAAUCGGCAGCACAUCAAGAGGCUACAAAAGUCAGGUGCACAAGCCUAUGCCGAAAUACCAUCCUCUGUUCGGUCAUCUCAUUGUGUUGAAAGAAACCAUUCAGGACUUGCCUCGCAACACUGUUAUGCACGUGGUAGUACGGCGGAUAGCAGAGUCUUUUCCCGGCGGUGUCUUCUAUCUCAACCUAUGGCCUUUCAAUGCUCCAAUUAUGGUGGUCGCGAACCCUUUUGUUGCAUCACAAGUCGAAGCUGCUUUUCUCGACAAGCCGCCCAAUAUAAACGCUACUUUAGAGGUUAUAAACGGUGGGCCAUCUCUACUUACCAUGCACGGGAGCACGUGGAAGAAAUGGCGGGCGCUCUUCAACCCAGGGUUCGCUACUGGCUACAUCACAGGACUUUCACCUGCUAUAGCAGAAGAAGUCUCCGUUUUCUGUAAACUUCUCCAAGAACGCGCCAAGAAAGACGAAGUCUUCCCUUUGGAAGAGUAUACGCUCCGGCUGACGUUUGAUAUUAUUGCACGUGUUACCCUUGGCGCACGUCUCUAUUACCAAACCCAAGGAAGCGCGCUCGCAGAUUGUCUCCGAAGACAAGUAUACUGGACUUCGUUUGGCACAACAUUCAAUCCGUUCCGUCGAUAUCUUAGUCCUCGUCCGCUUAUUCAAAAGUACAACAAUUACCGUAUGAACCAAUACCUCGAUGAGGAGAUCGACAAGCGCUUUGAAGAGUUGGCCAGCUCUCGCAAAGACUCGUCUGGUGAUUCCCGCAAACAGUUGAGAUCUAUCAUUGCGUUAGCCAUGGACAAGUAUCUCGAAGAUGUAGAAGACAAAGAUGAGAUAUCAGAAUCGGUCUUCAAGCAGCUCGCGAAACCUCAGCUUCGUUUAUUCUUGUACGCUGGCCACGAUACUACGAGCAGCACACUACUGUAUAGCUACAUACUUCUAUCGCGUCACCCAAAGGCCUUAUCCAAAGUCCGUGCAGAACACGACACGGUAUUCGGGUCAGACUUCUCGCUAGAUAUCAUCACUCGGACGAUCACGGACGACCCCUCACUCCUCAAUCAGUUGCCUUAUACUUUAGCUGUCAUCAAAGAGGUUUUGCGCAUCUUUCCUCCCGCUGGCAGUAUGCGCAAUGGCCGCCCAGAUGUCUUCCUAUCAGACGAGCAGGGCCAACAAUACCCGACCGAAGGCUGCAACAUCUGGACGCUCACCCUCGCUAUGCACCACAAUCCUGAAGUCUUUGUACAGCCAGAAGAUUUCAUUCCCGAUCGCUGGCUAGUCGGUCCUGAAGACCCAUUGUACCCGAAGAAAGCUUCGUGGAGAGCUUUUGAGUGGGGCCCACGUGCAUGCAUUGGACAGACACUUGCGCAGUUGGAGCUCAAGAUAGCAUUGGUUAUGACGGUGAGAAUGUUUGAUAUUACUCCAGCGUAUGAGGAAUGGGAUAAAUUGCAUCCAAGGAAGGGUAUUAAGACCGUUGAUGGAAACCGGGCGUAUCAGGCUGAGAUGGGUGGUGGUGGAGCUCACCCGGUGGAUGGGUUGCCGGUCAAGAUUACGCUGCGGGCAUGAGUGGUGUUCUCGAACUUCCAGGCUACCUGAAUGAACAUAUUAGUCUACUCUCUGUAAUGCUAGGAUGGCUUUUACACAAGCGUUCAGCGUUCUAGAGGCAUGACCGAUAAAUUGUGCAAGACCGCCGCCUCUUUCACUCCGACGUUCACUUUCAAUUUAAUCUCUCGCUAAGUUACGC